CAGGAGUAGAAAUUGACCUGACAGCACACUUUACUAAGGCCAUUUUGGGUGGCAUCUGCUCUGACUUGUUUGUGCACAGCACAGCUGCUGUUGUGGAGAACUCUGGCCUUCACCUCCUAGCCAAAACAAGGCCAAGUAGCCAGCGUGAGAAUGAGCUCCUUUGGCUUCUGGCUUGUUUUGAAUUGGGAGUGGGGAAGGUGCCCAUGAAACUGUUUGUUAGAGGCCUGAGCAGGGGGUGGGGGUAUCUGGAGUGUCAGAGGGAUUCUGUCUGGGAAGGUGAUUUUUGUGCAAGCUGUUCCUGUGCUUUAGGGGAGAUGGACUGUUUUUCAUUCUCAAGCCUGCUUAUUGUGAAGUGCCUAAUGAAUUUGAACCAAAUUUGCUACAGGUGUAGGGACACCUUGGGAUAGCUCAGUUUGUGAUGAUGGAAGCCGCCUGAAUGUUUGAGGUGCAAGUGGGCUAACUCGUGGUCUGUCUUCAUUGAUUUGAACCAAAUUUGGUACAGUUGUACGGAUGGUGAAAGAAAAGUAGGCGGAUUACUUCUUACUAGAACAACUUCUUGACUCUUGCAUUAAAAGGAUAUUAUGGAAGAAAAGAAAAGAAUCUUUUUUCUUGUUUGGGCAAUACUUGGCAUGGCAUAGCUCAGGACCAGAGGCGUUCACUGUGUUGGGCAAGAGGUCCGCUUAGAUAAGGCAUACGUUCCCAGCUGGCACGCUCCUCUCCUGCUCAGAGGUCUCAUACACAUGGCAGAACUAAACCUCUAUUGGUUAGGGACCUUGGAGGGAGUGAACACAAUCUUCUGUGUGUCUCUUUCAAAGGCUGGAGCUGUGAAGAGAAGCCCUGUGAGCAAAGCCUCUCCUCUAAAAUUAGGAUUAAACUAGGAUUUAGCCCUAACAGUUUGCACCCCCCCCGUUUGUCCUUUUCCUCUCAACCCUUAACCCCCUGUUCUGGCUAUUUUUCAAUCAAGUUAUUCCAAAUGUUGGUGCUUGAGUGCUCUGAGGAGUGAUUUCUUCCCCUGACAGGCCUGCCACCUGCAUGUUCUUCUCUGGGCAGCCAAGGGUGAGGGAGACUGGAGGAGGCGGAUUCCCAAGGGGUGAUACAAGUUGCCGUCCUUGUGUCCUGGAAAGGGGAGAGCUUUGAGGAUGUGGUGGCUGGAACAGGGAAAGGAGGGGGUGGCUUUAAGGAGCUGAGGUUUGCACUCUGAUCCCCAGGAGGCUCCAUUGUCGGGAGAAGCCCAGAGGAGGAGGAGGAGGAAGUGGGGUGGGGAGUUCUUAGGAACAGACGAAAGGGAAGGAUCCUGCAUUAAAGGCUUUGUUCUGUGGCCCUGAUGGGGAGACCAUCUGUCUCCUCCACUCUGCCUUUCAAGGCUCUCUUGGACUCUUAGCAUUUGUCUCCUUCUCAUACAGGGAGAAGAUCCAUGAGGUGGAAUCUGGGCGUCAAACACUUUCAUCCCUCAACAAGGAAAUCCUUUGAUUUUUAAUAUUGUUGGAGUCUGCCGUGGAGCACGAAUGAAAGAUGGGGAAGGAAGACCCAGCUAGCUGUGAAACAGAAGGCCUUGAGGACAGACAAGUGGGGAGCACCUGGGAAUUCUGGGAAAGGGCCAAGCAGAAGAUGCUGGUUGAGGACAUCAGGAGCUCAGAGGCCCAGCGCCUGCACUUCAGGCAGUUAUGCUACCAGCAGGCCGAGGGGCCCCAAGGUGUUUGCAGCCGACUCCACAGUCUUUGUCAUCAGUGGCUGAAGCCAGGGAGACACACGAAAGCUCAGAUUGUGGACCUGGUGACCCUGGAGCAGUUCCUGGCCAUCCUGCCCCCAGAGGUGGAGAGCUGGAUCAGAGAGUGUGGAGCAGAGACCAGUUCCCAGGCAGUGGCUCUGGCAGAAGGUUUCCUCCUGAGCCAGGCAGAGGACAAGAGGCAGGAAGAACAGCAGGUGCUGCAAGGACUGUUGUCGGAAGCAGCCCCUGACUUCCCUGAGGCCGAGAAGGCUCCAUCAGGCACCAGGCAGAGGCCUCUGUCCAAGGAGAUCCCCAGGCAGGAGGGCAGCAGUGGGGCCACCUUGCUGGGGCCAGGUGAGCUUUGAGGAGGUGGCUGUGCAUUUCAUGGAAGAGGAGUGGGCUCUGCUGGAUCUAGACCAGAGAACCCUGUACAGGGAAGUCAUGCAGGAGAAUAGGGGGAACGUGACCUUUCUGGGUAAGACUCCUUGAAAUGGAAGAGUAAAAAGCCUGUUUCAGACAUGAUGUUGUACAGCGGUCUGUACACUCAUAUAUGUGUUUGUGAAUGACUAGACCUGCAUUCAUGUUAAAAGUGAACCUGGGUAUGGGCCCCUCUAUUGCAUUGUAUAGCUAGGAAGGGUACUGAUGUACCUGUGUUCAACAUACCAUGUGAAUGACCUAAUCUGUGUACAGAUUUGUACCUGGGUACCAAUACACUUGUAUGAGUGUUCAACAUAAUGUGUGAAUGGAGAUCUAGCGAGAGAGAGAUCAUGCUGGUUUGCUUAGUUGGUAAGAGUGCGGUACAGAUAUUGCCAAGGAAUUGGGUUAGUGGUAUACUUGUUUGUAUCAAACUAGCAGCUGGAAGAUUCGGUCUCAAAUGCCUCUCAGUAAUGAAGGUCCUUGUGUUGACUCUGAACCAGUGAUCUCUCAGUCUCACCUCCCUCAAUAGGGUUGUUGCGAGGGGAGAAAGGGAGAAAGGGUGGAAUAUGUGUGCAAUAAAUAAAACUCAACCCUGAGGAUGCUCUGCCUGACAACCCCGAAGAUAUGAUGCUGCCUUAUGUGGAGUUAGACUCUUCAGCCACCUCAGUCAGUAGUCUCUACACUGACUGGCAGCAGCUCUUCAGAGUUUGGAAGAGGGUUUUCCCAGUCCUACCUGGAGAUGCUGCCAGAGACUGAAACGGGCCUUGUGCAUGCAAAGCAGAAGCUUGGCCACUGAGCUCAGGAGACUGGCAAUCUGGAGGGAGAGAGAUUUCAGCCUUCCAGAGCAUCCUAGGAGAGGGAGAUCCAGCAUCUGUGCAGAGACUAGUCCUGCAGAAGGUUCCUCCUCUCAGCAAUGUAAAGAGACUCUCAACUGGGCAGGAGAUUGCCAGCUAAGCCCUGUGAGUUGCCUCCAACCCAGUCCAUCCUCCCUUCACUACACUCCUGGAGAGGAUCAUAGGAAUAUGCAAAGUACAGUGAAGACGCCAACCAUUAAAAUCACUCCUCAAAUCUCAAAGUUCCAAUAUCAGGAUUAUAAAUCCAACAGAAAACAUACGACUGAAGUAAGUUCAUCAGAUAUAUAUCUGGCAAUCUGAAAGAUAAAAACAAAACAUACCCCCAUACAGACGUGAGUAAGCAAAACAAUAUUUCUAAGACUGAAUCAUUUAAACUGAGUGGUUGUUUUGAGGUAGGAGGGGUUGUUGGAGUGGUAGCUUUCCAUUUAAAGGUGAAGUUCUGCAGGGCACAGACACAGAAGGAACUUUGAAUCCAGAGCUGACCAAAUUUUUUAUUUUCUUUUUACCUUUUGGGGGGUCUGUUAUUAUUUAAUAUGUCUUUUUAUAUUGUAUGUUUUAAUCCUCUGUUGUGAGCUGCCCAGAGAACAAUUUGAUAAGGGGCAGCUAACAAAUAAAUACAGUUUUUAAUUUUUUAUUUUAUUAUUCCUUGUUUACACAGUCAGACAGGUGUUAUUGACUGGUUUGUUUUAUCCAGACAUCUAGUCUUUCCUGAGGACCUGGGAUGGCUGAAUUUUAUUAUCAAUAUUGUUGAUGAUAUAGAUA